GGAAGGGGAACAGCGAAGGAUGGGACUAGGGAAGGAGGAAGAGCCGAUGACCCGUGCGGAGCAUGCAAGAAGCGGGGUACUGUGUGCAUAUACGAUUUUGGGGUAAUAGCAGAGGGCAGUUUGGAUAAGGGAUCCGGAAGUGAGAGGAGAGGAGGACAGGGCGGAGGUGACAAUGGUGAUGAGAUAGGGUCUGAGGAAGCAGUACCUGGCUCCCAAAGUGAUAACGGAACAAGCGAGAGCGUUGGUCGGCCCAAGAGGAGGAGACGGACACACGCCGGCAGCUAUACAACAGAUUCGACGGCUUCUUCAUCGAACAGUGCAGGCCCCGAUAGGCAGCCAGAUGGAUUCAUUGCCUCACCUUCCUCCACAAUCAGUCUCCAGAAUCUUAUCAAUCCUGCCGAGGCAGCUGAACUAGCAGAGGCAGACAAACUAAUGUCAAUAAUGACAACAAAAACUUACGGCCAAUUGCCCGGCCCGAGCCUCGACAACUCGGUAAAUAAUAGCGGCGUAGAAAUCCCAGAAAAACCACCUUCGGCUGCGGAAACGAUGUUUGGAGUGCAUCACCAGGAUCGCUCGAGCUCAACAGGUCUCAAUAUGACAGGUCGAUCACUUAGUGGUCAUUUAUUUAGGGGUAGGGGGGGAGACUUUGGUUCGCUGCAUUUUCAUACCUCUGGCAAUGCUGCUGUGGGUCGGCUAGCGACCAUAGCCGAAGACAUGAACGCUGCAAGCACCUCGCAGGGGAUUAAGCCUGUCCCGCGGUCUCGAUCACCAGGCACUCAAAAGCCUGCGAAUAUUAGUGCUUCCCUCAAUGAUAGUUCAGGGGAAUUUAGGACAGUGGGCUCACCGAUGUCAUUUCUUCCAGACCGAACUCAUGAAAACGAAUCCCCUCAAGCAGGACCCCCGGACCCAACGGCUGUUGCCAGCGGUGAUCCAUCAACUAGUAGGCACGACUCGGGAUACGGGGAAAGCCUACCUGGACUGAACUCUGAGGAGAACUGGUUCUUUGAUUACGAAAUAUUCGACAAAAGUACUGAUUGGCUUAGGGGUUGGGGUGAUUGGCCUGCUGCCCCGCAAAAAGAGGGACAAGCCGACAGUUGUUCUCUUUUAGAUUUGAAACACUCCACAACCACAUCUGGGGCUGUCCCAAGCUUCGCUAUUACAGCUGGAGUAGGUAGCAGCAAGCGAGUUGCGUCCCCUGUUUCGGUAUGUUCAGAUGAGGGUUCCAUGUUCAAGAUCAACCAUCGCGAUGACUAUCAAACUCGCUUGCCAGCAGUUAGGCCGAUAAAAGACCAUACUUCUGUUGAGGACUUUCUCCCAUGGAGCUGGCAGUCAUCAAGAGAGAAGUUGGAAAGAAGAGUCACACUGCCCCCACUUAGACAAAUCCUUGAAGAACUCACUCCUCAGACGCUAGCCGUCACUCGGGCUCACUCUCCGGCCAAUGCAAAUAAUGAAUCUUGGAUCGAUGACAGGAUACUAAACGACAUGGUCUCUCUGCUUUCGAUUCCGGUGGAGCGAUUCCCAUAUGAGAGCGCUGAUAUGAGCAAAUUUCCAUCCAAGUCAAUGAUUGAUUCCUUCAUUAAAAUUUACUUUGAAAAGUUUCACGCUAUCCUCCCAAUGAUUCACAAGCCGACAUUUAGUGCGGGCACUUGCCCUACCAUAGUUCUGAUAGCUAUGGCUAGUAUUGGUGCGAGUUAUAGUCACCUAGAGGGUGCUAAGAUGUUUGCGGAUAGUUUGAGCGAGCUUUGCAGGAGGACGUUGGCUUGGAUGGCUGAAUACAACCCUGAGUACCCCCGCUCUGAUUUCAUCCUCAUGGCUUCGUGCUUGCAAAGCGUCUACGCCUUAGGAUCUGGGUCCCAUCGUCUUUACGAUUGUGCGGAUGUAUCUAGGAGUGCAUUAAUCGGGAGUGCUCGCCAGAUUGGGUUAUUCUCUGGUCGUGUGUCGCCACCAUCGUCUUCGCCUGGUUCCACACGGGGCUCACCUAACCCCAGGACUACCCGUGAUGAGGAUAGUCACAGUGAGGAAGAAAUAGAGGUUAGGUGGCGUCGAUGGUAUGUGAAAGAGAAAUUGAGACGUCUUGCGUGGUCCAUCUUCGAAUACGAUUGCUCAUUCUCGACCUUGUCUAAUCGGCGCGGCGCUAUAAAUUUGAACGAUAUCUCUACACGAAUGCCAUGUGCAGAGGCCUUGUGGCAAGCCCCUACCGCACAGGCCUGGGGCGCAUUACUGGAAUCUGGAGUCCUCCCCCCUAACGCGGAGAAGGGAACACCGUUCUAUCCGACCCUGCGUGAUGUGAUCUCCGGGAAAAUGUUACCGGAGAAUUUGACGAGCUGGGGCAGGAGGUUGUGCGCGCAGGCCAUUGGAAGGAUCCUCUGGGAUUUUAAGGAACUCGAGGAAAGUGUAUUAAGUGAGAGCAGUUCAGUUGGGAACGACGGGGGGUUAGGGUUGCCAAUGUUAAGCCCUGGAUUAAAGCCAGCAAAGGAAAAGUUAUUAAAGAGUUUAAUGGUUAUAUGUGAAGGGGUGAGAGAGAGACAGAUGGACGCUGGGUGGAGGGACGGAGAAGUUGAUGGAGAUAGAGCUCAUAUGGCCCUGGCCCUUUUAAUAUCCCAUUACACCCACCUCCACGCCGCUUUCCCCACCGUCUCGUUAAUCCUCUCACUUGCACGGCGCCCGCCCCCAUCGACCACGACACCAGCGGACCCACGUAUAGUACGGCUGAAAGCCAUUUUCGAGGCAGAUCCUGUCUACGCUAGAACCCUGGCUUGGAACGCCGCGCAAAUAAUAGCGAUCUCCCGCUGGAAACCUGUCUGCUCCCCGGUUGAAGGUAUGCGCAUUUUCAUGGCAGGAGUAGCCCUCUGGGGCUUCGGCCGCUACUUCCAGGAACCUCUGCCACCUAACCCUCCCCAUUCCGGUCCUUUGGGAGGGGUUCAGGAGGAGGUGGUCCGCCUGGACUCCCAGCCGUGGAAAGGAGUGGAUGAUUGGAUCAAGAAAGGAAAAGGCAAGGCGACGAUUGGUAGCGAUCAGCAUGCCGGGAAUGCUAUGACUGAGAUAUGCUCCGAGAUGGGAGCCAGGGAGGUGCUUAGGGUUGUUGUGGGGAUUCUGGGGAGGAUGAGAGUUUGGGGUCUUGGAGGGGAGUUUAAAAAUGUUCUCGAGGAGAUGGUUCGGAGGAGUUGAUUCGACAUAUUUCACUUUCCAUCACAUCCUCAUUCAUUUGUUUAUUCUUAUUUCCACUGUUGCCUUUUUCUUGGCUUUAGCUUUUGCCUUUUCGGUUUGUGGGGGGUUAUUUGAUUUUGUGCGGUGUUGGGUGGGGGCCAAGUUUGCUUUAUGUGAUGGCGUAUGACUUACCUUUUACUAAUAAUAACCUUUUCCAAUUGCCGGUGUGGUGUCUUAUGAUUAAUGUUUCAUUAUUAUUUGCUUUUCGUGUUCUAAUUUCCUUUCUUAUUUUUGCUGGGUACAAAUUUACUUGAUUUUUUUUUCCAAGUACUGUAAAGUACUUGUAUCAAUAGAAGAGAGCUCUAAACUAA